AGUGUGGCUGGGCAAGGAGCUGGGCUAAAGGGAGAGUUCCAAAGCAAAUAGGCGUGGCCCUGGCACUCUCAUACGCUGUAGCUGAGACGUAAUCCUUAGGUGACACAUGAUUCCCUGUAGUUAAGGAGGCAUGACUUGAUGUGACGCAGUCAGACACACCGCAAGUAGCACUAUUCCUUCCCUACUUGCCCAGUGUCCCGCCAAUAGAAAGGAAGCUUGCAUAACAGCAGGGUAAGAGCGAAGGGGCAAACCAGAAGCUAACGGGUAGGAGCAGUAAUGGCAAUGGGCUGGUUGCUUCCUUUCCUGCUGCUUCUCCUACAGACACCGUGCAGGCUCUGCACUGGGCAGGGGAGUCCGGGCCCAAAGGAAGGAGGGGAAGAAGAGAGGGACAGACCGGCUAACACAUGGCUCACAAGUGGUACCCACCAGAUGCAGGAGCUGACUCUGCUUUCCAUGGAAUAUGCCCAUGACUUACAGUGCUGGUUGUGGCCUGACAAAUGUGAUGGGGACAAGAAAGCCCAUCCAGCCUGGUCCUGGCCCACUGGUAGCUGGGAUCCCAUGCAGAUGCUAUCGGACUGGUAUGCCAGAGUGACUGACCAUGCAGGUCUGUUGGAUGACAGAAUCACUAAUAAUCUGACAGGCUUACGAUGGGAUCUUGGCAGGAGGCUGCACGGACAGCAUGUGGCAGAAGGGUUGAUCUUAACCUACCUAGAGAGGUUCCUGCAACAUGGAGAACCCCUAAAGCCACUGGCUCUCUCCUUUCAUGGAUGGACUGGUACUGGCAAGAAUUUAGCUGCCCGGAUCAUAGCAGAGAACCUGUACCUGGAUAGCCAGCGGAGUAGAUGCAUCCGCGUGUUUAUUCCUCAGCUGCAUUUCCCGCACCUCUCCCAUGUAGAAGCCUACAAGGUUCAGCUGGAAAACCAGAUCAGAGAAGUUUCUUCACGCUGCCCCCAGCCCCUGUUUGUGUUUGAUGAAGCUGACAAAAUACCGAAGGGUCUCCUUUCCUCCAUACGUCUAUUUCUCAGCUCAGGAAAGCAAUCACAGAGUCACAGCAUCUUUCUAUUUCUCAGUAUGGGGAGCAAUGCAAUUAAUGAGCUGGCACUUAGUUUCUGGGCUGCAGGGCGACAGCGCAAGGAGAUUACAGCUGAUGAUCUUGAACGUCCCCUGAGAGCAGCUAUAAAGGAAAACCAAGGAGAUAUACCUCUGACACAGCAACUCAUGGAGGAGGGACUCAUUGAUGGUUUGGUGCCUUUCCUUCCCUUGGAACGAGCUCAUGUGAAGUUGUGUGCCCGGGACUCUUUUGUGGCUCGAGGGCUGCCAUACACAGAGAAGGAGUUGGAAUUGGUAGCACAGGAGCUUCUGUUUGUACCCGAGGAGCAUAAACUUUUCUCAGCCCAGGGUUGUAAGUUAGUGGCACAAAGAAUCAGUUUCAUGGAGCUCUGACACAUUUGGAUGCUACUCCAACUUAAAAGCAGCAUUGUGCCUUCAGUAUUGGCGGUACACUGAGAAGAGACUUCUACUGGGCACUAAUGGAUAUCUUUUUAAAUGGAAGCCAAAGGCCCCUAAGAGCAUUACAAAUGGGACAGCACACACUACCAUAGUACAGAAAUGGAAAGGACUGUUUAUUCCCGACGCCCGAGCUUCCUUAUGGUUCACAUCUGAAAUACUUAUGUUUCUAUGUUUCUGCUAAGUUAUAUGCAUCUCCUGACUGUUACACUCAUACUCCUAGGACCUAGAUAUAUAAAAUAUUUAUUAAUUGUAACUUUUAGAAUUAAAUGUAAAUUUUCUAUGAAAAUUAAAAUUUUAUU